AUGAGUGUCCCACGCGCGAGGUUGUUGGACCUCAUGAAGGCCCAAUGCGAAGUCUUUGCGACAGUAUUUAACCCCGAGGGAGUGAGGACGGGCAACAAGAUCCUGCGCCAACGAUUGAAGGGACCUGCUAUCGCCGACUACUACCCACGCAAGGUUGUGACCGUCAAGGAUGUGCAGAGAGAGUUCGGCCCUCAUGUCACAACUCUCGACUUGGAAGAGAUGGACCGCUUGGAACACAUUGCUGGACUGAAGGCCCGAGGAAAGAGUGCGCCGAAAAAGAAGAAGACGAAGACCGAGCCCAAGAAGCGAUAA